UUAAUUAAAACCUGUGCGAUUGACAUGGUGGAUGAAGUUUUAAAACACGACGAGAAAACAAAGAAAAUGGUUGUGGAGCUAUUACAUAAGGUGCCAUUAUCCGAUUGCACCGCAACAAGAAGAGUGGAGGCACUGGCGGGUGAGUGUCUGUCCAAUCUUUUAUCCGACAUAAAGAAAGCCGAAGUUAUGUCACUUGCAAUAGACUCGUCUUGCGAUCGAACAGACAUUGAACAGCUAUCAGUGUUUGUCAGAUUUUUUGAUGGGAAGGUUUUCCGCGAAGAGCUGCUUUGUUUGCUGGAAAUACAGGGACGCACAACCGGAGAAAUCAUUUUUAACAAACUGAUGCAGUUCUUUGAAAAGAAUGGAUUAGAUUUAAGCAAAGUUGUGUCAGUUGUCACUGACGGGGCUCCGUCAAUGGUUGGUCAUCACAGAGGUCUGAUAAGCAGGCUAGCUGCUGUCAAUCCAAAACUGAUAGCAUUUCACUGCAUAAUUCAUAAAUCGGUGUUGUGUGCUAAAUUGUCUGGAAAAAUGAAAGAGACAAUGGAUACUGUGAUGAGGCUGGUCAAUUUUAUUCGCGCGAGUUCUGGUCUGCAACAUCGCCUCUUCCGAGCCUUGCUGGAAGAAAUGUCUGCAGAACGGCACGAUCUUUUGCUGCACAAUGAUGUCCGAUGGCUGAGCAAGGGCCGUGUGCUGGAACGAGUGUGUGAACUUCAACAUGAACUUUGUACAUUUUUAAGCAGCCUUCAAAGCCAAAAGGCAGAGACAUUUCUGAGGUUUUUGAACGACAACACAGAGAUGGCAUUUGUGCAUUUUUUGUGCGAUAUCAUGUCUCACCUAAAUCAGCUUAAUUUGCAAUUGCAAGGCAAAAACCACACUAUUGCUGACAUGUACGAAGCGGUUGAGGCUUUUCGUUUAAAGCUGGACCUUUUUGAACGGGAUCUUCAAGGGAGAAAGCUGCACUUUCCGUAUUUACAACAGCAUUGCGAGAAACAUCAGAUGCAAGAGGACCUGUUAAUGCGCGACUUCGUGAUGAGACUGGCAGAGAAUUUCAAAGAGCGAUUUCAGAGCUUUAACCUGUCAAGUGAACUCCUCCUCUUCCUAAGACAGCCAUUUUCAGUCCCAGCAGAUGGACAAUGGACUGCUGAGGCCAAACGCCUGGUUUCAUCCUUAGACGAAGCAUCUUUACAGCUGGAGAUUUUGGAAAUGUCAAAAUCUGAUUUGCUCAGAGAGCAACACAAGGAGGCUAGUGUGAGCGAUUUUUGGUCAAAAGUGGUUUCUCAAGCUAAAUUCAAGAACAGCAGAAUUAUUGCAAUGUUCCUUCUUUCAAUGUUCCCAUCCACUUACAUCUGUGAGUCAUCAUUUUCUAUAAUGAACAUCAUCAAGAACCAGGAUAGAAACAGACUGUCCAGUGUGCAUCUUGAUCAGUGUCUCAGAAUUGCUACAACAGAAUAUAGCCCUAACAUCAGAGGUAUUGCUUCAGCUGGUCGCUGUCACUUCUCUCAUUGAAUGGGAAAUUGAUGAGAAGAGAUCCAGUGCAGUGAUGAGCAGGAUCAGUUGACUCCCACGCAGACAUGGAGAUCCAGAGUUGUUGUUUUUUCAUUUGUUUUUGAUAUCCACCAUGCAAAGUUCUUUAGUUUUCUGCAUUUGAAUACAAAACUGCAAAUUGUUUGAAUAAAAUAGACUAAUGAAAAAAAGAAAUUAAGAAAAAUAAAUAAAAUCAGAAUAAGUAUUUUGUGAUUUUGUGACUCUCUUAACAAAUCAAACACAACAAUAAUAGCGGAGCAAACAUUGAGGUCAUAACAUUGGGGUCGGUGGCCCUUGGCUUUGUAUUGUUGGCAGAAUUUGGCCCUUGGUAAAAACUAAUUGA